GGAGGGAGGGAGGGGAGCUGAGCUGAGCUGAGCUGAGCUGAGCUGAGCAGAGCGGGCGGCGAGACUGCAGCGCAGCCGGAGCCAGAGGAGCAGGAGCCAGGGGAGCAGGGACCUGAGAGGGGCCCCGGACGAUGCGCUAGCGAGCCCGAGCCGCUGGAGCCGGAGCCACCCCGGGAAGCCGCCCGAGCCGAGUCCCGGUCAGAGGACCUUUCAAAGAUCAUUAACUGACAGAAGCUUAAUAAUCCCAUGCAUUAGUUCCUUCAGUGACCUGGGAGAUAAUUCGCCUGGGCUUUGUGGCUGAUCCUCAUCGAGAGCAGGCUUGUGUCAUGCUUUUGUGUUCAUCUCCAUACUUUGCCCUUGCUUCCAUCUUCUGCACAUGACUUUUUAAAAUCUAAGUUGGCUGGAGUUCAUAGCCACGGGAGAAGAUGCCAGAACAGAGCAACGACUACCGGGUGGUGGUGUUUGGGGCAGGCGGUGUAGGCAAGAGCUCCCUGGUCCUACGUUUCGUCAAGGGUACUUUCCGAGAUACUUACAUCCCAACCAUCGAGGACACCUACCGCCAGGUCAUCAGCUGUGACAAGAGUGUGUGCACCCUGCAGAUCACAGACACCACGGGCAGCCACCAGUUCCCGGCCAUGCAGCGCCUGUCCAUCUCCAAGGGCCACGCCUUCAUCCUGGUCUUCUCUGUCACCAGCAAGCAGUCCUUGGAAGAGCUGCGGCCCAUCUACCAGCAGAUCCUGCAGAUCAAAGGCAGCGUGGACAACAUCCCAGUCAUGCUGGUGGGGAACAAGUGCGACGAGACGCAGCGGGAGGUGGACACCAAGGAGGGGGAGGCCCUGGCCAAGGAGUGGAAGUGCGCCUUCAUGGAGACCUCGGCCAAAAUGAACUACAAUGUCAAGGAGCUAUUCCAAGAGCUGCUCACCCUGGAGAAACACCGGAACAUGAGCCUCAGCAUCGACGGGAAGCGCUCCAGCAAGCAGAAGAGGACAGACAAGCUCAAGGGCAAGUGCAGCCUGAUGUGAGGGCCCCCCCCAGGUCCUCCCCCUGCCCCCCACUCUUGGGCUUGCUCGGGGGUGGCUCUAGGGCCCCUCUUCUGUCUCUAUCCGUCUUCCCGUCAUUUCCUUGGAUGGCCUCCUCCUGUCUUUGCUCCUUGUCCUCAUAGCAGCCCCAGAGUCGGAGGGCACUCAGAGGUCAUCGAGACCCCCCCCUGUAUCUAAACAGAAACUCCCUCAAGUGGCCAUCCAGCCUCCCCGGGUCAGCAGCUCUCUCUGUGUCUCUGUUUCCUAUUCUCAGCCCCUGUCUGUUUGUCUGCAUCUAUUUGUUUUACUCAGUUUCUCCUUCCCUCAGAGUGUGUGUGUGUGUGUGUGUGUGUGUGUGUGUGUGUGUGUGUGUGUCCAUCUCCCCUGCCCUGAGUCUCUCCAUAGGCCACCCAUUCCUACAUUUGAUCACUGUGACUUGGGGGCUGAAAUGCACAUUGACCUCGCACUUUUCUUUCUCUUUUUUGACCAUUGAUGGCCCCCUCCCUCCUCCCCUGCUCCCUGGGCCCAGCUAAAUUCCCCCUGUCAGCUGGCCCCCCUCCUCCCUUUGAUACUGGGAGGCACAUGAUAGGGAGGCCCAGUAGACUGGCUUUCCCUGGCCUUUGAGACAAUAGGCAAUAAAGAUGAAGCCCCCCUGCAGCUGAGCUAGGCCCUGCCACUGUCCCAGGCCUCCCCCUUGCUUUUCCUCUCUGCCCCUUGUAGAAAUGACCAGUGGCCCCAGGACCGAGGAGCUGGGUGGAGGGGGCUUGUAGGUAGACACUGUCUAGCCCCCCAGCACAAUUCCAGGUCACUGCUGCCCCCUCUCUCACCUCACUCAGGUUGUAUGGUAGUGUCCCUGCUCCUAGCCUCCCCUCCCAGGGAUCUACAGGAUGACUAUCACUAUGAAUGUGGGUGGCUCUGUGCACCCCUGGAAGGAAAAUAUGGAGUGGGGUUCUGAAGAUUGGGGAUCAUCAUUCCCCCCACCCCAGAAGGGUGGGGAGGUAGGAGCCAUUAGCACAGCUCCUCUGUCCAGCCCCAGAACAUCCUCCUGAGGAGCUGGGCUGGCCCCCCCCCCCCCCGCCCCCUCUCAGAGACAAGUGUGUCCCAAGAAGGGCACAGUCAGUGAAGUGGAUUUGAGAGAGGGGGCCCUCACUUCCCUUGCCAGUGUGUCCUGACCCCACAGAAAGAGGAGAGCAGGGGACAGAGGGACCCCAAGGAAGACAGACAGGAAGCAUUGGCAGGUGUGUGUGUGCGCACGUGUGUGAGAGUGUGUGUGUGAGAGUGUGUGUGUGUGUGUGUUUGUGGCUGGAUGUAGGUGUGUGGGUAUGUUAGUAUAUGUUGAUAUAAAUGCAUGUACUAAUGUGUAAGAUAUUAUACAUUAGUGGGUAGGUGUGCAGAUAUGUGAGAAUAAAUCAGGGGAUGUAUGUAUGUGUGUAUAUGUAUGCACAGAUGCAUGUGUAUGUGUGUGUGUACGCAUGUGUGUGUGUGUGUGUGUGUGCAUAGGUGGAGUAUGUCUGUGCAUAGGUGGAGGGCAGGAUCCUGGAGGGAAAGCUGGUAGUUUUAGGGGUCAGAGCUGGAGCCCUGCUCCUUCCUCCCCUGCCCCUAAGACCAAUCUGGCCCCUCAGCCCCCUGCUGCAGGCAGCAUUUCCAACCCUGGCAUGCAGCAUCCCCUGGCCUGGCUGCCCAUGGCUCUUCCUGAGAAGGGGCUGUGGAAUGAGAUGGGGGGAAGGGGAGAAGGGGAGCUGGGGGACUCUCUCCUCUGAGGGUGCUGGCCCCCACAGGGGCUCUGGCACCAUUCCUCAGGGAUCCACCCUGAUAGCACAAUCACCAGACCCUGGCCCGGGCCCAGGGGCUUAGAGGAGGCGGGGGAGGGGCAGCUAGGCCCUGCCUUGCAGGGGGUUUGUCCACCCACUUCUCUCUACCCAGACCCCCUCCCCACUGUGACCACGUGAGACAGAACCAAGCACCUCUUCUCCCAACUGCCCAGAGCAAACUGUGUCACCUUCUGUUCUUGCCUUCCUGCAAAAGCUCCUCUCCCUUCUCCACAUAGCUUCCUGGACCCAAUGUGAAAUCCCAGGAGAAAAGGGAAAUAGAGAGGCCUGUUUGGAAAAUAGCUGUUCAGGCCUGGCCAGCCUAGGGGAUUCAGCUGAGGGUGACCCGAGAAUGUUAGAGCGGGAAGUUACUCUGAUGACCAUCUGUUCCCAAACCCAUAUUUUACAGAUUGGGAAACUGAGGCCCAGAGAGACUAAAGAAAUUGCUUAAAGUCACACAGCAAGUUAGGGACAGAUCUGGGAGAGAAGGAACGUGUCCUUCAGGGACAGCAGUCCCAUGUAGCACAUGGAUCCCCCUCUCCCCCGUCCCUGGGCCCCCCUAGAGCUCCAGAGGAUGGGACCAGGCCCUCCUAGGUCAUCCAUUGGAGCCAGAGCAAGACCAAGAGUCUGGGAUGAACAUAGGUCCCACUUUCCUCUCUAGGCAUGGGGCCUGGGCAAUUCCACCCUGCCCUGGCUGCUGUGAUGCUAGAAAAUUGUCUGGUGCUCUGGACUGAGGCCUUGGCCCCCCUCCCCCAGCCCUCUGUGACGCCCCCCCCCCCCCGCCAACUCCAUGCCCCAGAUG